CAGAAGUCACAGUUCACUAACGGGGAAGGAGGACUCGUGCGUGGCGUGGAGCUUCUCCAGAGUCCAGAAGACUUGAGCGCCUUCCUUUAAAGAAGGGGCGGACUGGACUCUUUGGCUCCGUUCUUCAGGAUUUUCAAAGUCACCUGGAGUUUUUUUUUUUUUUUUUAAUUUGUCGGAGAGCUGGAGAAUGACUCGAACCGGAGCUGCUGAAGCGCCGCGCUGAUGUUCGUCUCCAGAGGUGACAUGCCCGCCGCGUGCGCGUGGAGGACCCGGCGCUCAGGUGACGCCGGGCACAGCUGAUGUGGCCGUCUGGAUCUGACCGAGCGCGGGACUUUAGGAUGCCGCGCGGAGCCUAGGAGGACGGUCCUGGACUUGUUCGAGUGGAUCCGGAGUCAUGGCCUCUGAGGUGGUGUGCGGGCUGGUCUUCAGGUUGCUGCUGCCAGCGUGUCUCGCAGCGGCUUGUCUGUUCAGGUACAAUGUCCUGUCCUUCGUCUACCUCAUCUAUCUCCUGCUUCUCCCGCUCUUCCCGGAGCCGUCAUGCACAACCAUGCAGGGCCACACAGGGCGUCUGCUGCAGUCCCUCUGCUUCACCAGUAUGUCCUUCCUGCUGCUCCACAUCAUCUAUCAGAUUACCAUCAACAGCCUCCUGGCUGGGGACGUCAUCGCCUCCAACUUCAGCUGUUCCAGAUGGGAGAAAUCCAUCCGGCAAAUCGGGUUUGAAAGCGUGAUCGGCGCGGACGCUGGGAACGGCAUCCGAGUUUUCAUCCCUGACAUCGGCAUGUUCGUGGCCGGCCUGGCCAUCUGGCUGCUGUGUCGCAGUCUGGUCCAGAAGAGGCCGCCUGAGGACAUGGCCCAGUACAACGCCGACUUUGACGCAGAGGAACAAGAAGAGGAGGAGAAACUGAGUCUGGAGGACAACAUCCUGCUGGAGGAGGACUUUGAGGACGGAUACGAGGCCGGCGAGGACGAAGAAGACGACGAAUUAGAGGGGGAAGAGGAUGAGGAGGAGGAGGAGGAAGCCAAGGAGAGCACCAAGAUGAAGGUGCUGCGGAUUGUGGCUCAGGUCGCGUCCAAAGUGAAGGAGGUCAUUGGGAACCUGAUCACCACGGCGGGGAAGGUGGUGGUCACCAUCUUGUUGGGGGCGACAGGUAUGAUGCUGCCCUCGCUGACCUCGGCCGUCUACUUCUUCAUCUUCCUCUUCCUGUGCACCUGGUGGUCCCUCUGCCGGACCUUCGACACCCUGAUAUUCAGCUGCAUGUGCGUCCUGAUGGCCAUCUUCAGCGCUGGACACCUGAUCGUCCUCUACCUCUACCAGUUCCAGUUCUUCCAGGAGUCCAUCCCCCCUGGAGACAGUUACAUCAGGUACUUUGGUAUUUCACCCGUGAUUCAGAGCAACUGCCUCCACACGUGGAAGCUCAUCGUGCACCCUGAGAGAAAGUGGAACCACUUUGUGAACCCCAUCAUGCUGCUGAUCCUUUACUACACCCUGGCCACGCUCAUCCGCCUCUGGCUGCAGGAGCCCAUCGAGGAGCUGACGGACCACAGGGAUGAGGAGCUGUGCACGGAGGAGGAGGACCUGGUCGGAAACAGAAAAAACAACUCGGCCAACAGGAAGCGGCAGCUGUGGUGGGGAUCGCGCCAAGGAACAGACGAGAAAAACCUCCUCUCCACCCAGGAUGGCAUCAGUACAACCGAGGCCGUGCCAGCGCUAAACGGAACGUCGUUUGACUUUGUCAUGGACAACGGACCCGUUGGUCUGGACUUCUACUCCACCCCGCAGUACAAGAUGGACACACCUGAGGACUUCACAGGUGAGAAAAAGGACGAGAGCGUCUAUGAAGUGUCUUUGCCACCGGAGGGUUCAGACCUGGACAUGGGUGAGGAGAAAUCAGAGGAGGAAGAGGAGGAGGAGGAAGAUGCUAUGAAGAAGAGAGGCGUCAGCGCCAUGGUCAAGGUCUUCCACUUCAUCAUGAAGCAGAGCUACAUCUGUGCCCUCAUAGCCAUGAUGGCCUGGAGCAUCACCUACAUCAGCUGGCUGACCUUCGUCUUCCUCAUCUGGUCCUGCUUGCUGUGGAUGGUGAGGGACCGCCGGCGCUACGCCAUGAUCACCUCGCCGUUCAUGGUUGCCUACGGCAACCUGCUGAUCGUGCUGCAGUACAUCUGGAGCUUUGAGAAGAUCCAGCACGUUCCUGGACUCUCUGUGGAGAAGCGGAACGUGUUUCACUCGCUCUCGUCGAAGGUUCUGUGUCUGCUGAGUUUCUGGCUGCUGCUGAGACAAACACUGACGGAGCGAAGCGAGAAACAAAGAGAGGCUGAAGCUGGGCUCUCGGAGGUUCAGGUGGAGGAGCAGAAGAAGGCCCAAAAGGAGUCUGAGGAAGGGGAGGAGCAGGACCUCAUGCAGGUCCUGGGGAACAUGGUCAUGGCCAUGCUGGUCAAAUACUGGAUCUACAUCUGCGGCGGCAUGUUCUUCUUCGUCAGCUUUGAGGGAACCAUCGUGAUGUACAAGAUUAUCUACAUGAUGAUGUUUCUCUCCUGCGUGGCGCUUUACCAGGUGCAUUAUGAGUACUGGAGGAGGAUCCUCAAGUACUUCUGGAUGUCCGUGGUCAUGUACACCAUGGUGGUCCUCAUCAGUGUCUACACCUUCCAGUUCAGACAGAAGCUGUCGGACAAGGAGCGACACAGCUUCAGAGACCUUGGACUGGAGAAGUUUUCCGUGUCCGAGUUGUUCACCCGGAUUUUCAUUCCCACGUCCUUCCUGCUGGUGUGUAUUCUUCAUCUGCACUACUUCCACGACCGUUUCCUGCAGCUUACUGACCUGCAGGCCGUCGUGGCCAAAGAGCAGAGCACCAUCUACAGACUGGCUCAUCCUGAGGGGAGUCUGGCCGACCUCACGAUGCUCAGUGCCAACUCGGUGGACGCAGUGAUGCAGAAGACUUCCGACGAAGAGGAGCCCAAGGAGGACCCGGAGUGGAGCGAGGACAAGGCGAAGGAGCAGCUGGUGAUCGUCAUGGACGACGCAGAAAGUGACCCAGUCAAAGUCAGAAACCUGUCGGACCAGAGGCAGUCCAGUACGGACGAGAGCCAACAGCGCAGCGCCAGAUCGGAGCCGGAGCCCAGCACGGAGCAGAGCUCAGACCUGAAGAACAAGUGGCACCUGGUGGUGGACCGUCUGACUGUGCUGUUCCUCAAGCUUCUGGAGUAUUUCCACAAGCUGCAGCUGUUCAUCUGGUGGCUGCUGGAGAUCCACAUCAUCAAGAUCGUGUCCUGCUACAUCGUGCUAAUGGCUCUCAGAGAGGUCUCUCUGUUCAACUACGUGUUCCUGGCGUGCUGGGCGUUUGCACUGCCAUACAGGCAGUAUCGCCCCCUGGCUUCCAGCAUUUGCACCGUCUGGACCUGUGUCAUCAUCGUGUGUAAAAUGUUGUACCAGCUGAAGUCCAUCAAGCCGCCCGACUACUCCAGGAUCUGCUCCAUGCCAGACAGCUACUCUGAGGAGCAGAAGAAAGAGCUGGAGGACUCGCUGCUGUACAGCGGGCCCGUGGAUCCGGCCAACUGGGUGGGCCUGCGCAAGUCGGAUGACCUGCUGGGCUACAUCAGGAACAACCUGGUGAUGCUGGCACUGCUGGCCUUCGAGGUGACCAUCUACCGGCACCAAGAAUACUUCCGCCUGAGGAACAAGCUCUCGCCCCCCGCCGCCAGAAUCAUCUUCCAUGACAUCACGCGGGAACAUCUGGACGACGGCAUCGUCUGCUUCGUCAAAUACUUCAUUAACUACUUCUUCUACAAGUUCGGCCUGGAGACCUGCCUGCUUCUGGGGGUCAACGUCAUCGGUCAGCGCAUGGACUUCUACGCCAUGCUUCACGCCCUGGCUCUGAUCGCCGUCAUGUACAGGCGGAGGAGGAAAGCCAUCGCUGAGAUCUGGCCCAAGUACUGCUGCUUCCUGGCCUGCAUGUUGACCCUCCAGUACUUCGUCUGCAUCGGGAUUCCGCCUGUGGCCUGCAAAGACUAUCCCUGGAGGUUUCCCAACUCCUCCACCAACUCCAAUGUGGUCAAGUGGCUCUACGUCCCUGACUUCCUCUCCCGGCCCAAUCCCUCCUUCCUCAUCUACGACUUCAUGCUGCUGCUCUGCGCCUCCAUGCAGCGGCAAGUCUUCGACGACGAGAACAAGGCGGCGGUGCGGCUCAUGGCCGGGGACAACGUGGAGAUCUGCAGAGACCUGGACGCCGCCUCCUUCAGUGUCCACAACCCCGUCCCGGACUUCAUCCACUGCAGGUCCUACCUGGACAUGCUGAAGGUCAUCAUGUUCAGCUACCUCUUCUGGUUCGUCCUCACCAUCAUCUUCAUCACGGGGACCACGCGCAUCAGCGUCUUCUGCAUGGGCUACCUGGUGGCCUGCUUCUACUUCCUGCUGUUCGGAGGCGAGCUGCUCCUCAAACCCAUCAAGAAGAUCCUGCACUACUGGGACUUCCUGAUUGCCUACAACAUCUUCGUCAUCACCAUGAAGAACAUUUUGUCUAUUUUAGCCUGUGGCUACAUCAACUCGCUGAUCCCGGAUCAGUGCUGGUUGAUCCAGCUCUUCAGUCUGGCCUGCACCAUCAAGGAGUACAAGAUCAACACCAACCAGGCUACCUCUGGGGAUGAGAUCUGCGAGCUGCCCAGCAACGAGGCGGGAAUCAUCUGGGACAGCAUCUGCUUUGCCUUCCUGCUGCUGCAGCGCCGCGUCUUCAUGAGCUACUACUUCCUCCACGUGGUGGCUGACAUCAGAGCCUCGCAGAUCCUCGCGUCCAGAGGAGCGGAGCUCUUCCAGGCCACAAUAGUGAAGGCGGUGCGAGCCAGACUGGAGGAGGAGCGCAAGUCUGUGGAGCAGCUGAAGAGACAGAUGGAGCGCAUUAAGGUGAGGCAGCAAAAGUUUAAGAGGGGCAAGGAGAAGAUGCUGAGCAUGGCGCAGGAGUCCACGGACGGACAGGCCCCCGUCCAGCAGCCCGCCACCGCCGCCGCCGAGGAGGACGACGGAGCACAGCGAACCAAAGCCAAGACCAAAAAAAAGCAGUGGUGGAGGCCGUGGGUUGACCAUGCUUCCAUGGUCAGGAGUGGAGAGUAUUACUUGUUUGAGACUGACAGCGAGGAAGAAGAGGAGGAGGAGGAGAAGAAAGAGGAGGAUCUGCCCAAGAAGUCUGCGUUUCAGCGAGCUAUCGGGAAGUUUGUCUCUGCUGUUCUGGCUUUGCCCAAGUCUGUCAUAAAGCUGCCCAAAACUAUCCUGCAGUAUGUAGUGAAGGCAGGAAAGUUCCUGUACCACGCCUGGAUCACUGACCCCAAAGCUGCUCUGAAGGCACGAGGCAAAGACAAACGCAAGUUUUGGAAGAGAUACACCAAAGGAGUGAGACAUCGCAAACACAAGAAAGAAGCCGGUCACAUCACCAUCGAUCUGGGCGAACUGUCGGACGGACAGGACAAAGAAGAGGAGAACUCCGGGGGUCCAGACAACAUCAUCAAGCGGGUGUUCAACAUCAUCAAGUUCACCUGGGUGCUCUUCCAGACCACAGUGGACAGCUUCACCAAGUGGAUGAACGACAUGUGCCGCGAGUACAUCGACAUCUCCACCGUGCUGCGCAUCGAGCGCUGCAUGCUCACCAGAGAAGUCAAGAAGGGCAACGUCCCCUCCAGGGAGAGCAUCCACGUCUACUACCAGAAGGCCAUGCGGCUCAACACGUCCAGGCAGGCCAGCAUUGACCAGCUCAGCGACGACGAGACUGUGUCUGGAUCCUCCUCCAGGCUCAGACGCAGGCGAAGAGGCUUCCAGGUGCAGAGCCAGGACUCCACUGCCUCCAGAGACAGCAUGUCCAGCGCCUUCACCGAGGCCACCACGCUCUUCUCCCGCCAGUCCACCCUGGAGGAUCUGGACGGGAUGCCCGAGUGCAUCCCCAAAACCAGCGAGCGAGCGAGGCCCAAGCUGCGCAAGAUGUACGGCCUAGACGUGUCCAACUCGUCCAUGGACAGCGGCAGCAGCUUUGUCUCCAGUGAAGCCACGCAGUGUGUAACUCUUUACUCCAGACAAGGAACCACCGACACCAUUGACGAAGUGGAGGAUGAGCAGGACCAGCUGGAGGACAGACAGCGGGCAGCCAGGGAGAGCCAGCCACUGGAGCAGAGCAAACAGGCUGAGGGGGAUCCCUGGAGUGACUCCAAGGUUCGGGACCCCCAGGAGGAAGGUGUGAGGGAAGAACCGGUGGACAUUCAAGAGCAAGAAGAAGAGCCAGAGAUGGUGGAGAGGGACAUCCACUGGACGUCCCUCAGCCCAGAUGAAGGCCCCUCACUCAGGCCAGAGGAGUCUGCCACCUACGCCCUGGAGCCGGACUUUGUCACCGAGAGCGAGGAUGGUGCAGGUCAACCGGAGCUCGCACAGGCCGAGGGACGAGCAGGACUCCUCUACACGCCGGACACCGAUGCUUCCAAGACGUCUGACGUGGACGUGCCGCCCAGCUACAGCAAGGCGGUCAGCUUCGACCGGCUGGAGGUCAGUGACGACGAGAGCGACAUGGACCGCAGGAGGCGCAUGGUCAUGACGUCGGACAGCCGCUCGGACAGCAGGUCGGACAUCAUGUUCCCCUCCAUGACCACCGAGCUGACGGCCAGUGAGCUGCUUCUCAACAAGAUGUUUUACGACGAGGAGCUGGAUCACUCUGAGAAGUUCUACCAGAGUCAGCCCCUCAUCCUGCAGCUGUGCUACGCCCUCUACAACAUGCUGGUGGCUCACUCAGAGAUGGUCUGCUACCUGGUCAUCAUCAUCAACCACAUGGUGUCGGCCAACUUCGCCACGCUGGUGCUUCCCAUCACCAUCUUCCUGUGGGCCAUGCUGUCCGUGCCGCGGCCCAGCAAGCGCUACUGGAUGACGGCCAUCGUCUACACCGAGGUCACCAUCGUCAUCAAGUACUUCUUCCAGUUUGGCUUCUUCCCUUUCAACCAGAACAAGAUCUACAAAGACAAACCCUACCACCCCCCCAACAUCAUCGGGGUGGAGAAGAAGGACGGCUACGUCCACUACGACCUGGUGCAGCUACUGGCCCUGUUCUUCCACAGAUCCAUCCUCAAGUGUCACGGGCUGUGGGACGAGGACGACCCCAAAGAGAAGAGGGAGGCGCCCCGAGCGAGCGAGUCAGAGGACGAGAGGGGGCCGACUCUCGACAGCGACAGAGAGUCGGAACCGGCGUCUUCGGUGACCAACGAGAGCAGAGGCUCAUCCCACACCGUCAGGUCUGCUUUCGGGACGUCCGUCGACUCGGACCGCGUUCAGCUGCAGAGUCAGCCGCAGCAGACGUACCAGCGGCGCAAGAGCUCCAGCGGAGGCUCGCACAUCUCUCACAGAUCCCUCCACUCAGCCGCUCGCUCCAAGAGAGGGAGUUUGACCUCACGGAACAGCAGCCACAAAGACGGCAGCGAGGCCAGCGUUCAGCAGAAGACCCGCAAGCAAAUGAUCAUGGAGAAGCUGAAGGAGCAGCUCUUCAAGGGCAAAGCCUUCCUCAUCAAGAAGUUCAUGGAGCUCUACAUCCCCAUGCGGCAGUUCUUCUACAACCUGAUCCACCCGGAGUACAGCGCCGUCACCGACGUCUACGUGCUGAUGUUCCUCGCCGACACGGUCGACUUCAUCAUCAUCGUGUUUGGAUUCUGGGCCUUCGGCAAACACUCGGCGGCAGACAUCACCUCCUCGCUGUCCGAGGAUCAGGUUCCCGGGCCUUUCCUGGUCAUGGUCCUGAUCCAGUUCGGAACCAUGGUGGUGGACCGGGCCCUCUACCUCAGGAAGUCAGUCAUGGGCAAGGUCAUCUUUCAGGUCAUCUUGGUGUUCGGAAUCCACUUCUGGAUGUUCUUCAUCCUGCCAGGCAUCACGGAGAAGCGCUUCAGCAAGAACACGGUGGCUCAGAUGUGGUACUUCGUCAAGUGCAUCUACUUUGGGCUGUCGGCCUAUCAGAUUCGCUGCGGCUAUCCCACCCGCGUCCUUGGAAACUUCCUCACCAAGAGCUACAACUACGUCAACCUCUUCCUGUUUCAGGGCUUCCGGUUGGUGCCCUUCCUGACGGAGCUGCGGGCGGUGAUGGACUGGGUCUGGACCGACACCUCGCUGUCUCUGUCCAGCUGGAUCUGUGUGGAGGACAUCUACGCUCACAUCUUCAUCCUCAAAUGCUGGCGAGAGUCUGAGAAGAGGUAUCCGCAGCCGCGAGGCCAGAAGAAGAAGAAGGUGGUGAAGUACGGCAUGGGCGGGAUGAUCGUCAUGCUGCUCAUCUGCAUCGUCUGGUUCCCGCUGCUCUUCAUGUCCCUGGUCAAGUCUGUCGCCGGGGUGGUCAACCCACCGCUGGACGUCUCGUUUGAGAUCACUCUGGCUGGUUUCCAGCCCAUCUUCACCAUGAGCGCUCAACAGAAACAGCUGCAGAACGUGACGGGGCUGGAGUUCGACGGCUUCAAGAAGAAGUACCAAUCGGACGAUAACGCUCUGCAGUGGCUGGAGAGCUACAUGGCUGGAGACCUGAUCAUCGCCGAGCUGAAGGGAAGCUCCAACUCUCUGUGGACCAUCAGCCCUCCCAGCAGAACCAACCUGAUCGAGAUGCUCAACACCACGGAGGAGGACUUCCCCAUCACCGUGUCCUGGUCUGUGCAAAGGAACCUGAGUUUGGGGGCGAAGGCUGAGACGGCGUCUGGGAAGCGAGUCACGUCUCUGGACACCAAAACCAAGGAGGACCUCAUCAAACUGCUGAGUGGAAACAGCAGCAACGCUCAAGUGACCCUGACCGACAUCUUCCCUCGCUACAUCCGCGCCCCCAGCGACUCCGACUCCAAACCCGUGGAGCAGCUGUACAAAGAUGAGAAGAUGUUCUCCAUCAACCUGAUGCUGAUGCGGACGCAGCAGGACUCGGAUCAGAACCAGGAGUGGUGGAUCGUCAACCAGACGGAGGGCGGCCCCAUCGAGAGGAAGAGGUCCAGCUACGACGCCGGGCUGGAUGUCUACGUCUUCAGCGACCAGGUCAGCCCGCCCAGCUUGGGCUUCCUGGCCGGAUACGGGAUCAUGGGUCUGUACGCGUCGGUGGUCCUGGUCAUCGGCAAGUUUGUGCGCGAGUUCUUCAGCGGGAUCUCGCACACCAUCAUGUUCGAGGAGCUGCCCAACGUGGACCGCAUCCUCAAACUCUGCACCGACAUCUUCCUGGUGCGAGAGACGGGCGAGCUGGACCUGGAGGAGGACAUGUACGCCAAGCUCAUCUUCCUGUACCGCUCGCCCGAGACCAUGAUCAAGUGGACCCGGGAGAAGACGCAGUGACCCGGGUGGCCUCCUCCCCACCCACUUCCCACUGUGAAGGGUUUUGCUUUCUACUUCUGAGCACAAGUCUUCACCAGAUGAAGCCACUUACUUGAUUUUUAAAACUAUUCCGUCUUUAUUUUUUCAACAAUGAAAUGGGCGUCGACAAACAAGGGCUUCCCUCCGGUGGAUCAACGAGAGCACACGCUCAUCGGGGGGGACUGUGCAAUACUCCUCCGUCCCAGAAGGCAGGACUGGCCCACAUCAGCAGGAGCCUCCCAGAUGAAGACGUCACUCGCCUUAUUCUGUUUGUAUCCGUCACAACACAAACAACAUAUCGUUCUCAGGAAGAGCUGUUUUCACUGAUGCGAGAGGCGGGAGGGGGAGGGGCCUCGGAAUCCAGGGGCCACUCCGCUUCGGUCCCCACAGAAGGGCUGAACGGCGACGCUCUCUUGUCCAAACUAUGCAUUAUAGGACACCGUAGCAUGAAAGUCAUUUUACCAGUUUUCUCCAUGUAAAUAGAGGAGGAGGAGGAGGAAUGAAAUGUGAAACUGCACUUGUAUGUUAAUGUGACAUGACUAGAAAAGAGGUCCGGAGAUAUGAAAAAUAAUAAAAAGCUGAAGACUGAUGACCAGCUGGAACUUGUUUCAGCUUCUUCCGGUAGGGGGCGCCAGAGGACCCGUGUGGCCGACACGAAGGACGACCUGGAGCCGAAUGUAAUGAUGAAGACACACUGAUUUAGCAGAAAUCUUUGGCAA